CCCAAUUCCCCAGAGCAGGAACGUGCCAAUCCAACCCACCACGUGUACAGACACCGCCUGAAUGCAGCUGGCCUGAAAUAUUGCAGAACUUUCCGGGCUACGGUGUAGCUCCUGUCCCCAGCGAGACCUCACUGCGAGAGCUCAUCCACUCCGAGCCCAUGGUGUGCCCUCCGGGAGAAUGUGGCAAUCUUCCCAAGCCAGGACCAGGAGCCCCAAACUCAGCCCAGCUAUGAAGAUCAACCCGCUGUUUCCGACUGACGCUGUGGAUCUAAAAGGCUUCAAGGCAGCAGAUCUGCAACUGCGAGACAAGAGUGUUGGACAGCUCCAGGCAGAUUCCCUGGCGGUGACAGAGAACUCACCAGGAGUUAGACCCCGGGGCUCGUCUGGAACUGGACAAGACAAAGAAUCGAGCAGUGUAAGCCACAACCUCUCCAGUGGAACCAGUUACUACAGCUGUGUCAGCCAGGUCACUGUCGGUUUUGACAUAGCGGGACAACUAGCGAUUGGUCUCUCUGGAUGGUCAGUGCCCUUUCUUCAAGACAGCCCGCUGCCCUGCCGUCAACCCCAGUACACGUGUAAGGACUUUAAGCCACCUCUUUUCAAACCAUUUGUUUCCCAGACUGACCAGUCAGCCCCUGCCUCUUGUCCAGCCUCGCUCUCCAUCACGCCAGUGCUUUCUUACUACAGCAGCAGUCAAGAAACCCUCAGCCAAGAAACUGAAGGUGUGAGUGUGGCUAUUCAUGGGUUUGAAAACUCUGUUCAGAUUCAUCGGAGAACUGUGCCCAUCUAUCGAAGAUCCGCUCAGAUGUCUGGGGUGAGCCAUCCUUCUCUUCCUCCUGUCACCAAGUCAGUGACUGUGGACUGCUCCUCCUCAGGAUCCAUUGAAUCUGCAGUUGUCAAUGGGAGAUACCCUUACCCUUAUCCAGUCGCUCGCAAUGUAAAUGUUUAUUUGGGUGAAUCCGAAGGUGGGAACAGCCCUUCGAAAGAUGAUGACUCCCUACUUCAUCCUGGCAACUUGACCAGCACAUCAGAUGAAACAAGCACACUGGAAAUGGGUGUUGAGGAAGCUGCAGAUAGAAAUAAAGGAAAUGGUCUGUUCUUCAGGGAUGGGAAAUGCCGGAUAGAUUAUAUCCUUGUUUACAGAAAAUCUAACACGCAAGCAGAGAAACGGGAAGUGUUUGAGAGAAACUUGAGAGCUGAAGGACUGAACAUUGAAAAAGAGUCAUCACUAACCAAUAGUGAUAUCAUAUUUGUGAAGUUACAUGCCCCAUGGGAAGUUCUUUGUAGAUAUGCAGAGUUAAUGAAUGUACGGAUGCCUUUCAGGAGAAAAAUCUAUUACCUGCAGCGGCGAUACAAGUUCAUGAGCAGGAUGGAGAAAAGCUUGAGCAGGUUCCGAGGAUGGUUGCCCAGGAAACCUAUGAAGUUGGACAAGGAUACGUUACCGGAUCUGGAGGACACAGACUGCUACACGGCUCCUUUCAGCCAGCAGAGGAUUCAUCACUUCAUUAUAAACAACAAAGACACGUUCUUCAACAAUGCAACAAGAAGCAGGAUCCUGCACCACAUUUUGCAAAGGGUCAAAUAUGAAGAGGGCAAGAACAAAAUAGGACUCAAUCGUUUACUUGGAAACAGUACCUAUGAGGCAGCAUUCCCGCUUCAUGAGGGAAGCCACAGAAGCAAAAAUUCCAUUAAGACUCAUGGAGCAGUGAACCACCGUCACCUGCUGUUUGAGUGCUGGGCCUGGUGGGGGGUGUGGUACAAAUAUCAGCCACUCGACCUGAUCAGACGCUACUUUGGUGAGAAGAUUGGUCUAUACUUUGCCUGGUUAGGUUGGUACACUGGAAUGCUGUUCCCAGCUGCCAUUGUUGGUUUGCUAGUGUUUUUGUAUGGAGUUUUCACUCUGGAUUAUUGCCAAGUGAGUAAAGAAAUCUGCCAAGCAACAGAAAUAAUUAUGUGUCCACUCUGUGACCAGCAUUGCCGCUAUAUGCGGUUAUCGUACAGCUGUGUGUAUGCCAAGGUGACUCAUCUCUUUGACAAUGGAGCCACUGUAUUCUUUGCUGUUUUUAUGGCCGUAUGGGCGACUGUCUUCCUGGAGUUUUGGAAACGGCGGCGAGCAGUUAUUGCCUAUGACUGGGAUUUGAUUGACUGGGAAGAGGAGGAGGAAGAAAUCCGUCCCCAGUUUGAAGCAAAAUAUUCCAAGAAGGAACGUGUGAAUCCUAUAUCUGGCAAACCAGAGCCUUAUCAAGCCUUCACUGAUAAAUGCAGCAGAAUCAUUGUAUCUGCUUCUGGAAUAUUCUUCAUGAUCUGUGUGGUGAUUGCUGCUGUCUUUGGAAUUGUCAUCUAUCGGGUGGUGACUGUGAGCAUUUUCGCUGCAUUCGAGUGGGCUCUGAUUCGGAACAAUUCCCAACUUGCUACAACAGGAACUGCAGUGUGCAUCAACUUCUGUAUCAUCAUGCUUCUGAAUGUGCUGUAUGAGAAAGUUGCUCUGUUUCUGACCAAUUUAGAACAACCUCGGACUGAGUCAGAGUGGGAGAACAGCUUCACUUUAAAAAUGUUUCUGUUUCAGUUUGUUAACUUGAACAGCUCUACCUUUUACAUAGCCUUUUUCCUGGGAAGAUUAACAGGACGCCCAGGAGCCUAUCUGAGAGUCUUGAACAGGUGGAGAUUGGAGGAGUGCCACCCAAGUGGUUGUUUUAUUGAUCUGUGUUUGCAAUUGGGAAUCAUCAUGGUGUUGAAACAGAGCUGGAACAACUUCAUGGAGCUCGGCUACCCGUUCCAGAGGGCUGCCAAAAAGAUAUUUGGAAAAUUAUGGCUUAUUCAGAACUGGUGGACAAGGAGAAAAUUAAGACAGCAGCAUGGCAAUAAUGGCAAACCAAUCCUCCCACAAUGGGAGAAGGAUUACAAUCUACAGCCAAUGAAUGCUUAUGGCCUGUUUGAUGAAUAUUUGGAGAUGAGUAAGCCAGUUCUUCAGUUUGGUUUCACGACUAUAUUUGUGGCAGCAUUUCCCCUGGCUCCUCUCCUAGCCUUAUUGAACAAUAUUAUUGAAAUUCGACUUGACGCUUACAAAUUUGUCACUCAGUGGAGGAGGCCAUUGGCUUCGAGAGCCAAAGAUAUAGGUAUCUGGUAUGGAAUUUUGGAAGGUAUUGGGAUCCUGUCGGUCAUUACCAAUGCGUUUGUCAUCGCAGUGACCUCUGACUUCAUCCCUCGCUUGGUGUAUGCAUAUAAGUAUGGUCCCUGUGCUGGCCAAGGGAAGGCAGGACAAAAGUGCAUGAUUGGUUAUGUUAAUGCCAGCUUGUCUGUGUUCCUGGUGACAGAUUUUGAGCAGCGUUCUGAACCAUAUUCAAAUGGCAGUGACUCUUUCGGUACAGAGGUAGAGUACUGCAGAUAUCGUGACUAUAGAGAACCUCCUCAUUCUAAAGAACCUUACGCUUACACACUGCAGUUUUGGCAUGUAUUAGCGGCCCGGCUGGCUUUUAUCAUUGUAUUUGAGCAUUUGGUUUUUAGCAUAAAGAAUCUUAUUGCGUAUUUGAUUCCUGAUUUACCAAAAGACCUUCGGGACAGAAUGCGCCGUGAGAAGUACCUAAUUCAGGAAAUGAUGUAUGAGGCUGAGCUGGAGAGACUCCAUAAGGAACGCAAUGAGCGGAAGAGAAAUGGGAAAGGCUCAAACAAUGAGUGGCCUUGAAUACGAAGAUCAACUACUCCAGGUUGAGCCUGCCUUCUCUUCUCUUUUCUCUUUUUUUUGUCUGUCUUGCAGUCACUUCCUGUGUCUUCUGAAGGUAUCAUUCUACAGACUGGAUAAAAUGCAGCUUCGAUGCAUGUCAGGAGAGAAACAAAAAUAAUCAGUAUCCAGCCAUGAUAGAGUGUACUGUGAAGACUUUUUUGCAACAUAAAAUAUCCUUUAAAUAUUUAUAAUGCUGCCAGCAUGUUGAACAUGUUAUUCAUAUAAGAUACAAUCCUGUACACAGAGUUUUUAAACUUAAGGUAAUUAUUUUACACUGGUUUGAGUUUCUCAGUUCUGCAUCUCUUUCAUCAACCAAACUCCAGAGUUUUACAUGCAUUCACAUUAAAUCUGUAAAUAAGAAAUUCUGAAAACUAUUUUGCAUAACUUCUGUAACCUACUUGCUAUCUCUAAGAUCUAGUUUGAUCCAUAUCUUCACUGAGUAGCAGCUGAAGAAACUGGUCCUGUUUACAGACUUGUAUUCCUCCUUGAAGCUUGCUGCUUCCUGACAUGGAUGUAUGAUGCAAACUAUUUGUAAAUAACCAAAAAGCAGAAUGACAAGAAUUUUGAUGACUUAUCAGUUUGUGAACAGAAUCACAUCAAUUGCUUGUACAUUGUGAUGCAGAGAUCUGAAAUAAAUAUGCAC